GCUCCUGCCAUCCCGCUGAAGGUGUCCGUCACGCCUCGAGCUGGCAGCUGCACCCGGCCAGCAGUGCUCAUCCUCCUGUGCACCCGCUGCUUUGCCACCAUCACCUCGCCGUGCCAGGACCUGCUCGUCCGCACCGAUGCACACCUCGACCCCGGGACCACUGUGACACUGGGCCCUGACCUGCCUGUGGCCACCAGCAAGGGGCAGCUGCUGGCCUGGGCUGUGGGUGAAUACAGGGGCAUCACAUCCUACAGCGAGCUGCGGGACCCCCGCUGGGUCCAGCUCCACCUCGGAGAAGACAGGGGCAGCCCCCCAGACUGCAUUCCCCAGGAGCGCUUUGAUGCCACCUCGCACCUGGAGACCGAGGUCUUCUUCCACGGGAUGAAGGGCUGCUCGCUUGAGGAUGCCCAGAUCACCAGGGCUGCCCACAUCAUCCACCUGCAGCCUGAGCCCAGAUCCCCCAUCAUGGAGGUGGACCUGUCCCUGAGCUGUCCCGAGCCAGCCAUGAGCAACCAGUUCCUCAUCCUGCAGAGCCGGUCCAACCUCACCUGGUCUCUCUCCUUCAACAACUGCCACAUCCAGUUCCUGGUCUCUGGGAACUACAAGAUUGAGCCUCUCUCCACACUGCCAAUCCCCGGGGUGCUCCUGCCCGACACCGAGCGGGGCCUUGUCGCCAAAGCCUUCGAGAAGAACUACAGCACCAUCGCCUCCUACUCCCUCAUCCCAACCAGUGCCCGCAUCAGCCUGGAGCUCCAGGAGCAUGAGGCGCUCAGGAGGGUGCCCCCAACGCCCACCCCCCCAGCCCCCACCGUUGACUCGCUGCCCCACGUGCUGCUGCUCAUGCUCCAGCCCUGGAAGUGCACAGAUGACACCAUGGAGAUCGUUAUCGCCAGGUCCCAUCUGGAGCCCAUCAAGGACGUGGUGAACAUCACCCUGCGGGACAUCAACUGCCAGGCGGAGAAAAACGCCACUCACUUCAUGUUGAAAACGCCCCUCAGCCACUGCGGCACCUCGCUGGAGGACAGGGGCCACGCCAACAAUGAGCUCAUCCUCAACCUGGCCAAGGGCGCAGUGCUCCGGAGUGUGCGGGUGGCCUUCCAGUGCAAGAUCCCACGGGAGCUCUUCCUGCGCCUCUUCCCCACUGCCGCCUUUGAGGCACCGCAGACGGAGCUGGAAGUCAACAAGGAGGCCUUUGUGCAGGCGUCCAUGCGGUGGGAGGACCCCCCGGCUGCCCUGCAGCUGAAGGAGUGCUGGCUGGCGGCGCCGGGGCGGGAGCCGGUGCUGCUGGUGCAGGGCGGCGAGGCACGGGGCACGGGGGUGGCUGUGCUGGAGGGCCCCCCCAGCAGCCGCGGGAGGAAGGUCUGGCGCUUCCGCUUCACCUACACUGUCCCCGAGGGUGGGCGCAUCCCCUUCUCCGCCACCCUCAAGUGCAAGGCUGGCUUGCAGAACAACACCAUCUUCGAGAAGGUCCUGGAGGUGACGGUGAAGGGCAGCUGGCAGCCACCCAACAACCGGGGCCUGGGGCUGGCUGCUGUCCUGGGCAUCACCUUCGGCGCCUUCCUCAUCGGGGCGCUGCUCACCGCCGGGCUCUGGUACAUCUACUCGCACACCCAGCCCCCCCUGCUCCACCAGCAGCAUGGCCUGACCCCGCUGGGCCCCUCCGAGCCUACCCAGACCCCGGCACACGGACUUGGGGACCCACCCCAGCCUCAUUAA